AUGGCGCUAUACGAAACCUCUGAUGCUCUGAUGUGCAGAGCAUUUCCCAUGACUCUAAGGGGGCCAGCCCACACAUGGUACAACGGUCUGAAGAUCGGGACGAUCGCCUCCUUCAACCAGCUCGUCAAGGACUUCGAGCUCCACUUCGUGGCCUAUGCACGGCCGAAGCCUUCCACGACGCUUCUCCUCGGACUCAACCAGAGGGAGGACGAGCCCCUCUCCCAUUUUGUGAAUCAUUUUACAACACAAAUCCGGGGGUUGCCGGACACUCAUCCCUCUCUGUUAAUGCAGGCGUUUAUGAUAGGCCUGUGA